GGCCUAAUCCGUUCAACUAAUCAAACAAAAUUGGUUUGAUAUGCAUCACCUGUCGCAGUAACUCUCCAGUUUGCUGAUCCGAUCAUAUGGACUAGCAUCACAGAGUCCGUCUCGGAUACGCCAAGGAAUUUUUGUACAGACCACUGUCCUCACACCAUCUCCAAUUCCAUCCCGCUACCCUUCUUGCAUCGCACGACCUGACUUGGAUCCUUGCGGCCCGUCGCCCACGACAGCAAUCCGUAGAAAAACCCAGGCUUGAGAGUCUCCGCGGAUCGAGCUCUCCGUUGGCCAGGCGACGCUGCGGUUGAUGCGAACCAAGAAACGGCCAAUGAUCCCAAGGCGCGCCCACGAGUUUUACUAAUACCCGGGCCGCGUCGCGUGCGUCGUCAUCCUCCUCUUGCUAGGUCGUCGCCGCUCCGGGUCCGGAACUCCGGAUAAACCCGGUUUCCCUGCUGUUCUGGAUCAUUGUUCUCGCUUGUUUUUUACGCUGGUUGCUUGCUCUGGUUCCCUGCCCUGACCGAGGAAGCAGAUUCAGGCUUGGUGAUCGCGCAGAAGAAGCAGAGGCUCCGCGAUCUCUUGGCUGUUCUUGAUCAAGAAGGCGGAGGAACAGAGCGCAGGCAGGGGAAGACAUGGACGAGGAAUCCGGCGCAGCAGCUUCCAGGUACUUCUGCCACAUGUGCUCGCUCAUCAUAUGGCCGGAGCUGGGCAUCGAGGAGGUCAAGUGCCCCCACUGCCACACCGGCUUCGUGGAGGAGAUGGCCGUCGACCGGCGCGGCGGCGACGGCGCGGCCAUCCGAGGCCGUGCUGCCGGCGAGGCGAUCGUGAACGCACCGGACGCCGCGUUGGAGCGCGAGGUCUCGCUCUGGGCGCCCGUGCUCAUGGACUUCCUCGCCGCGUCGUCCGGCCGCCAGGGCCACGGCCACGGCCUCGACGCCACCGCCGGUGGAGGGGACCUCGCGGCUUUCGCGCGAAGGCAGUACCGCAACAUCGCUCUCCUGCAGCUGCUCAACGCGCUCCAGGAAGGCGACACCGCCGACGCGGGGCGCGAGCGGGUCGUGGUCGUCAGCCCCGCGGACGCGCGCACCAUGCUCAUGGGACAAGAGCGAGGGGACGGCGCCGCCCUGGGCCGCGGCGGGCUGAUGCUCGGGGACCUGUUCCUCGGCCCCGGGCUGGACCUGCUGCUGGAGUACCUGGCCGAGACCGACCCGAGCCGGCAGGGCACGCCGCCGGCCAGGAAGGAGGCCAUCGCCGCGCUGCCGGCGGUCCGGGUGCGCGAGGCCUUCACCUGCCCCGUGUGCCUGGACGAGGUCGCGGCCGGCUGCGAGGCGCGGGAGAUGCCGUGCAAGCACCGGUUCCACGACCCGUGCAUCGUGCCGUGGCUGGAGAUGCACAGCUCCUGCCCCGUGUGCAGGCACCAGCUGCCCGCGGAGGAGCCGGCCGGCAGCGGCGGGCGCGCUGGCGAUGUGGCCAGUGGUAACGCGCGCGGCGGCGACGGGGGAAGCAGCGGCAGGAGGCACUGGUUCUCGUGGCCUUUUGGCGGGCUGUUCUCGCAAAGAUCGAACGGGAGCUCAUCGUCGUCGUCGUCGUCGUGAUGGCGAUGAACAGAAUAAGGAAAAUCUUGUAGAAGUUCGUUCUUAAUUUCUACGUGAUGAUUGGGUUAACAUUGGCCAUUGUAAAGCUGCAUUUGUCCUUAGGUUGAUUUGCACUAGUUUUGCUCCUGUUCAGGUGGAUGGAGAUUAUUGGAGAAUGCAUCUAUCAACGCUGUCA